UAUACAUGCGCUGGGUGGGCCGGGGUGAGAAACGGUCUUCCAGAUUCAAGGCUCCGUCUGUUGUUAGCGUGUCUCUACUGUUCCUCGAAAUUUACCGCGGUAGCUGUGUCAAGCCCAAUACAUGAGACUUGUAUGGUGCACAAUGAAGAUAUCAUUAUAGUUCUUCUCGAGACAGCACGCUGCCAUCCGUUCGUCGGUGUUGGCUGUAGAUGACCGCAUUCAGCGACUUCGUUGAGGACAUACCAGUGCCUGGUUUUCUAUUCAAAAACCUCACAGAGUGAAGAAAUCAAACACAAUGGAAGACUUCAGUGAUGAGGACGACGACUUUGGGCAGAAGUUACCACCUCUGCACAUCUACAUAAAAAGAGUUUUGGACAAGUACCCGGAAGGCGGUCAGAUUUUAAAGGAGCUGGUGCAGAACGCUGAUGAUGCUGAGGCAAAGAAUGUGAUUUUCCUUUAUGACAAAUCGCGACAUCCUGAUUGUCAACUGUGGUCUGACACAUUGCGGGACUUCCAAGGACCAGCUCUCUACGCUUACAAUGACGCAACAUUUCAGAAGGAAGACUGGAAGAACAUCCAGCACCCCGAGCAGAGUGGCAAGCUGGAAGACCUGACGAAAGUGGGCAGGUUCGGUCUCGGCUUCAUUUCUGUUUAUCAUCUCACAGACAUGCCCUCUGUCAUCAGUGGAAAGCAGCUCGGCUUCUUGGACCCACUAGAAAAGCAUUUUAUUUACGAUCCUCACACCAACACAAGAUAUAUGGGCAGACGAGGUAAGAAGUGGAAAAUGUCAGCUGACCUUUUGGCUAAGUUUCCAGACCAGUUUUCGCCCUACCUGAUCGACUUGUUCCACUGCAGCAAGACAAACUUUCACAAUGGUAACCUAGACGGUACUAUUUUCCGAUUUCCACUGCGCACAAGUGCGUCCUUGAUCAGCAAGUCUGUCUUUGCCGAUCAACGUCGAGUGUAUGAACUUUUGGCGUCAUUUCAAGCAGAUGCGGAAAUCUCUUUGCUGUUUCUCAAGCAUGUAGAGUCCAUUUCUAUAUACGAAAGAGAUAGUUACUUAGAGUGUCCGCGGCUUACCUGCAAAGUGCAGAUCAGUCAAAGUGAUCGUCAAAAAAUUCAGUCGAGCAAGGCAACAUUUCUUGGUCAGAUUCUGUCGAGACAAGACAUCCAAACAGAGAGUUGUGUGCGAAUAGAAAAGCAAGGUGGCCAGCAAGCUAUUGUAAAAACCAGUGAAUACAUUACUAUUAACAUCUUAAAGAAUAGAAGACCAUCCAGCCAUAUGCAGGCACUUAUCAACGAUGAAGACUUAAAGUUGCUACCUUGGAUGGGAAUGUCCUUCCAGAUCAGUGCAGCAGGAUUAGCUGCAGAGCAGCAAACUGGCCGUGUAUUCUGCUUCCUGCCAUUACCAGAAAGCGAAACUACUGGUUUACCAGUACACAUACAUGGCUACUUUGGUCUGGGAGACAACCGCCGCAGUAUCAAGUGGCCAGAUCGGGAGUCUCAGCAUGACAACAAGGCUCUGUGGAACAAGCUUCUCUUGGAGGAAGUUUUUCCCGAGCUCUAUGCAAAGGUAGUCUUGGCUGCUGUCCGUAAAAGUAAGGAUCCUGGAAAUCCCAUCAAGCCAGUAGAUGUGUACAGAGGAUGGCCUUCUAUUGGACGUGUUAAUGGAGCAUGGUUAGCUGGGGUCAAGAAAUUCCUCCAGUUAAUGGCAAAUGAGGACAUUUUCUACACGGAAUACAACGGCGGCUCCUGGAUGAAACCAAGCACUAACAUCUAUGUUGAUCCAGAGGGAAGUACCUUAAUUUCAAAGGUGCUGAGAUACAAGGGCUGUCCCGUGGCACAGCCUCCAGAGCAUGUCCUUGAAUCCCUGGAGUGGGCAGGUGCACAUUACAAAAAGGUAACGCCAGCAGUUGUAAGAAAUGCGAUCAGAGGGGAUUCUCUGCAGUUCCUGUCACGUAAUGAGAAGAUGCAGCUUCUAAAAUACGUGUCCUCUGAUGGCAUUUCAGAUCUGGGGAACUUGUGUCUUCUUCCGCUUCAAAGUGGUGAAUUCAUUGCGUUUCAUCACAAUGCUCAGAGGGUGUACAUAGCGACAAAUGAGAAUCCAAUUUCUCUCAUCCCAAAUGGAGGAUCCAGAUUUGCUGCGAGUGAUCUGCCGUCAGAGUUGACAAUUUCUGGUGUGGGGACAUGCACUCAGUUGGAGUAUCUCACUAUUCAUGAUGUUGCGCCACUACUGAAGGAAAUACUUCCAGUCACUUGGAGAGCAGGAUCAGAUGAUACUUUAAUUUGGACGCCAGGGAUCGACCAACAGCCCAAGGAAGAAUGGUUGAAGGAGUUAUGGAACUGGAUGGCUAAAACAUACCCGACCUCAGACAUCGAGGUGUUCAAAGGUAUUCCUCUCAUCCCAGUACCACACAAUCGAUUGGCAAGACUGCAGAAGGGUAGGCUGAUAAGUCGCGAAAAGAGACAAAGUUAUCCAUGUUUUUCAUUGAAAUGCCUGUCGGAUAACAUCUGUUCAUUUCUCGAGUCUGCUGGGGCAGUUGUUCUACGACAGGAUGUCCCAAAAUACAUAUCUUGCCACCCACAUAUAGACAGAUUUAUCAGUCCUCCAACAGCUGCAGGCGUGUUGACGAUUUUAGAAAUAUGCAGUCGCAAGAUGAAUUUGGUGAGAUGUAUCGAAAGGUCAGCUACAGGAACAAAAGACGAGCUACGUACUCUGUUCGCACAACUCCAGCCAUCGACAAGUCAACAGAGUGACAUUUUGAAAGAGCUUCCCAUCUUCCUCGGAAGUGAUGGCCAAUACGUCUCAGUUAGGAUGUGCGCAACUGCUGUGCCAAGUGACUAUUUUGGGUUACCGGUGAAGACCUUGAGAUAUCGGUGUCUGGUUCUAAGAUCUGACGAGUCAGACAGCCUACUUUCGCGGCUUGGAGUUUGCAGUCAGUCUCUUGAAGACAUUCUGCAAAGUAGUGUCCUCCCUGCAGUGCAAGAUGAAUUCUACAGUGUCAGUGAUUCACUCAGGAUCAUGGCGUGGGUAUUGGAACGUCCCCAGUUUGACAACUUGGUGACAGACGUGGCAUUUGUACCAUCUGUGGUAUUUAAAGCAAGGCCAAAUGAGCUAUUUGAGCCCACAAGAACCCUUCAGGUGAUAUUUAGAGGCGAGAGUGUAUUUCCAACGGGAAGGUAUUCCGAAGGAAGAUUGCUGAACAACUUGAAACGGGUUGGACUAAAGAAUGAGGCUGACAUUACACCAGAUGACGUUUUAAGGUGUGCAACGGAUAUUUCUCAAACCCAAGGAAGAGGCCAGGCUGAUAUCGAAAGAGGAUCGGUCCUCUUAGAACAUAUCAAGCGAAACGUGCAUAUCUUACGACGGACGGUCACGAAAAAUAGGAUUUGUAAAGCACUUUAUAAGUUCCUUGAAGACUUGUUUUGGGUUCCCUGCGAAACUUCACCACCAGCGAACUACCCUUCAUCUGCUGGUUGGAAGGGGAAUUCCAACACACUGUACACUCCAAGACAAGUAGGUCUUAUUGAGACUGCUUUAGUACAAGGCUCGGUCCUACCUCUUGUCAAUUUAGGAGACACCGGAGUUGAACUGCGAAAUGUCUUUGGAUGGAAUAAGGAACUCGAUCCCAGCAAUUACCAGCACCUUGAGCGAGUCAUUCUUCAUCUCCGAAAUGCUUCCACAAAAUUCCAAGUCGGUCAUGAAAGUGUUUUUGUUUUGUCCAAAACGAUGUCUGAGAUAUACUUGUUCCUACAGAAAGCAGCAAUUGCACAGUUGAGACAUCUCUUUGAUAGCCACUUAGCUAUAGCUUAUCCAUGGGUCUGGCAUGGGUCCGGUUUCACUACACCCGACAAAAUGGCCUUAAGCCACGGAACACUUGGUGUUACUUUGACCCCAUAUCUCCGAGUUGUUCCUGAGGAUUUCCUCAAAUUCAGAGAUUUCCUCAUCGCCAUGGGGGUCCAAGAAUCCUUUCAAGAGAGUGCCCUUUGUGAAGUGCUUCAAAAUAUUCAGCAGAAACAUCAAGGUACAUUGGUCUCCGAUGAACAGGAAUACAAGACAGACUUGAAUAUUGUCUGUAACAUUUUGAAGCACAUAGUAAGCCAAGACAAGUGUCACGUUGACAGAUCAUCAAUUCUAGUUCCUUGCAGAGAACCUAGUGGAUGGGGAAGACGUUUACACAUGGCAAAUUCUUCUGAGUGUCUAUACGUGGACGAGGAGCGACUUGCGAGACAGUUAUUCAGAGAAGGAGCUCAAGAUCUAGACAAGCAAAUAAUUCACGAAUUAGUACCGAAUUGGAUUGCUCAUAAACUGGAACUGCAACCACUGAGUCACGUGAUUGCUCCUGUUGAAGCAGUGGAGUAUGGGUAUGAGGUUACCGGUCCACACGAGACAACUGUUAAUGCCAUCAAGCGCAAUCUUGAGAUGUACAAGGAAGGACCAGGCAUCUUCAUUGAGAUGAUUCAGAAUGCUGAUGAUGCUGGAGCUACCGAGGUUAAAUUUCUUCUUGACUGGCGUAGAAAUGAGCAAACAGCUCACGACCUGUUAGGUGAGGGCAUGAAAGCAUGUCACGGCCCAGCUGUGUGGGCUUACAACGAUGCCUGUUUUUCAAAAGAUGAUAUAACAAACAUCUGCAAUAUUGCUGCUCAGAGCAAGAAGUAUCAGCUGGACAAAGUUGGGCGGUUUGGAUUGGGGUUCACAUCAGUGUAUCACUUAACCGAUGUUCCAAGUGUUGUCAGCGGCCCUUACGUACUUAUUUGUGAUCCAAGAACAAUACAUCUUGGUUCUCGAGUUCAACCCAAUCAACCCGGUAUAAAGCUUGAUCUGACAAAUGAACGCCACAAACAGACACUUAGAAGCUACCCAAACCAGUUCCAGCCAUACAAUGACAUCUUCGGUUGUAAGCUGUUGGAGACAGCAAAAUUUGACCACACACUCUUUAGGCUACCACUGCGCACAAAGGCAGAAGCUGACGGCCAGCAGCUAAAUCAGAUUUCUGAUUCCGUCUGUGACUCGAGGAACAGCAUUGAACCUUUACUAGCAUCUUUGCAGAAAUCGGCAUCUACUCUGCUUCUCUUUACUCAAAAUGUGAUCCAUGUUAGUGUGCAUGAGCUUCAGUCUGAAAAUGUGAAUGAUGUGAAAACCUUGAUGUCUGUCAAUAUUUCAAGUUUUCAUCAGUUGCCAAGGUCGAUUUCGAGCCAAACAGGCAACUUAGCACCUGAACGUAGUAUUCUGAAAGCAACAGCAGCAUGUAUGAAAGGCGAUGACCCGAGACAGCCUCUUCCAGAAACAACACAGAUAGUAAAUGUUGCUCUUGAAACUUUGGCCUCCGGAAGAGGUGCAAAGAAGAAGCCAAAGAAGACAACUUGUCAUUUCAUCGUCAGCUCUUGCAUGGUAUCUGGAAAGUGUCUUCAGCUUGCUCACACCAAAGAUGGCAUUAAAGCUGGAGUUUUGCCAUGUGGUGGAGUUGCUGCAAAAUUAGUCUCAGGUGAGAAGGGACUGACCCCCGAAACCACUCACGGUAAGGCAUUUAGCUUUCUUCCUCUUGAUGUCUCCACAGGCCUAGGCUUUCAUGUCAAUGGCAAUUUCUUGCUUCAACCUAACCGACGACAGCUGUGGAGUAAACCCUCCUCUGACACUGGGGAGUUCGAGAGCCGCUGGAAUAUUGGCUUCAUGGAGUCAGUUCUCGUACAGGCUUUCAUUAAUCUUAUGAAAGAUCUUCAAGUGCUACAGGAACAGAGUAUGGUUGAUGCACGCAAUUUCCAGUGUUUGUGGCCCAGACGGAAUAAAACUGAGAGUGACUUCCAUCCAUUUGUUGAUGCCUUCUACAAGAUAGUCGGCAGUAGUUCUGAUGCCCCAGCAGUGAUCUUUAACCAAAGCAGAUGGGUAUCAGUACAUGAAUGCUUCUUCACAAAUUGGAGUCCAAAUGACCCGGAGGACUUGAAACGCAGCAUCAAAACCUUGCUGAACAAAGAUCAGUACCCCAAGCAGUGUGUGGAACUGGAAAAGGAUGUGGUCAGUAGCAUCAAACAAGCAGAUGCAAACAAAUUUUUCGAUGGAAACACCUUCAGCAUCGAGCGAUUUCUGUCUGAGGUUUUUUUUUCGAUGCUGAAAGAUAAACCUGAUGACAUCGAAUCUGUACACAGAAAUAGAAUUGUUAUUCACACGUUGGACCUUCGUCUGGGAGAAAGAAAGGUAGGAGACUAUGAUGGAUUGCUUAGUACAACUGAGUGCAUUCCCUGUUCUCCAGAGGGUGAGGACUUGUUAAGUCCAAAGGAUUUGGUAAAUCCGACCACACCAGUUGGAUCACUUUAUAGUGAGACUGACUGUCGGUUUCCACAUGGCGAGCUCUACCGUAAAGAAGAACGUCUUCUGUCUUUGUCUCAGCUGGGAAUGGCUUCAGAUGACCUACCUUGGGAUGAUAUCUGUGAAAGGGCAGAGUCAUUGGCAAAGGGUGAGAACGUUGACCAGCGAUGUAAAACUCUACUCAAGCUGAUGGAUGAAAAGUUAAGGUCUCAUGAGCCAACAGUCGAUCAGAAAAGACGACUCCAAGAAGCAGCUUUCCUUCCUGUCAUGAAGAAACCGGCAGAGUAUCCCAUUGACUGGUGUCAAUGUGGCGAUGACUAUAUGUCAGCGGAACAGCUUCAUGUACCAGAACAUAAGAACCUUCUUGGCUCUGUUCAACCCCUUUUGGACGAGAAAAAACUGGGGUCAGAUGCUAUGAGCCAGAAUAUCAAAGCCCUCCUUGGAUUUACAGAAAAACGGGUUGAUGUCGGCGAUGCUAUAGCACAGCUUGCUAUUGUGAUUAAUCAAGCACAUGAGGGGGUCCACCAAAUAUCGGGUAUGGUUGGCAGCAUAUAUGCAUAUCUGCAGAAUAAACUCUGUGCACUCUCUCAAAGCGGUGAUGUUACCGUCAAGCAAGGGCACUCUGCUCAUGUUGAACAGCUUCGUUCACUGAAAUUCGUCUUCUUUGAUAGUAAAUUCAAAGAAUGUAAACAACUUGCAUUUCAGUACCGAGGAAGAAGUGGGCCAUAUUUGUAUGGAGUUCCCCAUGGGCUUACUCAAUUCAGCAACCUGUUGAGAAUCUGUGGAGUAAGAGAUAACUUUCAUGUGGAUGAUUUUGUUCAAGCACUCCAACUACUGAAAGAUACUUACGGUGAGAAACCUUUAAGUGAAUUGGAUGUAAAAACUGCGAAGUCAGUGUUGUCGGAAAUUGUCUCCCUGAUGGCAGAAGGUCACAACGGCAACUCUCAAUCUAGUCUUCUGGAAAGCAGCUUACACAACCGAUUAAUCUUUGUUCCAGACAACCAAAGGAUCCUGAGGUCUCUCCAUGAGCUGAUUUACAACGAUAUGGAGUGGGAAGGAGGUCUUUCAGAAGAGAUUUACACGCAUCCAGACAUAUCAUACCGUGACGCCAAGGUUUUGGGUAUCGUCACAAAGAGGCAAAAGUAUAUUGACAACUACUCGUCUUCCCAGGAAUUUCAAAUAGAUUUUGGUCAAAGUGAAGAACUGACUGAUCGUCUGAAAAGUAUUCUUAGGGCAUAUCCAAAUGUGUCUGAUGUGUUCAAAGAGCUUCUUCAAAAUGCCGAUGAUGCAGGAGCAACAGAAAUCCAUUUUGUGUAUGAUCCCCGAUACCAUGAAACAAAGAAGGUGGUUUGCGAUUCUUGGUCUGCGGUAGGAAAAGUUCCAUCACUUUGCGUUUACAAUGACGUGCCGUUUACGGAAGCAGACAUCAAAGGAAUUCAGAAAGUAGGAGUAGGAGGGAAGAGAGAUGACAUUGCAACAACAGGAAAAUUCGGUAUUGGCUUCAAUGCUGUCUACCACUUGACAGACUGCCCAAGUUUUCUGAGCAACAGUGACACCCUGUGUGUGUUCGAUCCUCUUCUGAAGAUCUCCCCCAUAACACAAAAAAUAUCACCUGGAAAACAGUUCAGGGCAGGCAAUCAAUUCAGGGAAAAAUUCCCUGACAUGUUGAGAGGAUAUCUUGAGGAUAUAACAGCCUUUAGCGAAAAGACAGGAACAGUGUUUCGGUUUCCACUUAGAGCGCAGCCAUCGGAUAUUUCUGUAGAAGUAUACCCAGAGGAUAGAGUAUUGGAAUUGCUCGGUGACUUCAAAAAAGUGUCACAGGAAUCUCUGUUUUUCCUCAACAACAUCAAGACCAUCAUCGUUUCAUGUGUCAAUAAGCAAACACAUGAGAUACAAACGGAGUACUGCAUCAGUGCCGAGUUAUCCGAGCAAGACGAAGAAGGUCGCAAAAGGCUCAGAGAUCAUCUGAAGCUUUUCAAGAAUAACCCCAGUCUGACAGUUGAGCCUGUGUCUCAAGUUUACACUGUCGAAAUAAAAGACUCACUGGGCACCAAACAAAACUGGCUAGUCUCGCAGAUGGUUGGCUUUGAAGGUUCUGCCCUGGAAUGUCAAUCGACACCAAGAGUUCCGACUAUAAAAAAGCCUGUUCCACGUGGUGGAGUUGCAGCGCUUCUGAAAGACGGCGGGGUGGCAACUUCAGACAAUCAGCUCUGCAAAGCUUACUGCUUUCUCCCUCUGCCGGUUCACACCAGUUUACCAGUGCAUGUUAAUGGGACGUUUGAGCUUGACUCGGCCAGGAAGAAUCUCGCAAAAAGGGAUGAUUAUGCAACAUCAGAUACUUCUACCGAGGAGGGUGCCUUCAUCCAUAAAUGGAAUAAAAUUCUGGUGGAGCACGUAAUUGCUCCGGCCUAUGCCAGAUUAAUUGAACGCGCAGGAAAGAUCAUAACAAGACAAACGAAAGGCAAAAACUCGUUCAAAGACCAACUUCAGUUGUAUGAUGAACUUUUCCCGAAGGAUUUAAAGAAAUAUCAGGGAGAGUGGAGUCUCCUAGCAAAAGCCACCCUCAGGUACAUCAGCAGUGAAAACAUGCAGGUUUUACCUGUUGUGCGUCAAAUGGGAGAUCCACUUACAGUCACUUGGCAUCAUCCGAACAGUGACACCAGUUUCGCGUACACUGAUGACUUAGGAGCUGCAGGAAACGUCGAAGGCGACAUGGAGGGAUUAAGUGGCACAGAACAGUUUUUAAUGCGUUCCUUCCUACUGAGAGUGGGCUUUAAUUUACUAGCCAGCUCUUCGACAUUAUGUUUGGCAUUUCGAGACUGUGGCGUGAAAGCAGAGUUUGUAAACCCAAAGGCUGUUGUUCAGCAUCUUUUGUCUGGAUCUCGAGUGGCAGAGACCUUACCUGCUCCACUGAAGAAAACAAAAUUCCAGAACAUCAAGACCCUCCAAACACUUUUCGAUUACUGCCUCGCGGGUAUCAAAGAACCAGCCGAGUUAAAUGGCUUACCACUCCUCCUUACAAAUGAUGACACGUUGCGUGAGUUUUCAACACGUGAUGGUUAUUAUGUGACGAUCCACGCGCGAGUUCUGCCCAACCUGAAGGAUAAAUUCCUUCACAACCAGCUUGUUUCAUCUUGCAUUGCUUGGUUCAAGAAGAACGAAAACACCGAGAAAGCUUUCAACAGUGGGAUUUUCAAACAGUUUACAGUUCCUGAGCUUGCUAAAAACCUGCGAAAGCAUCUCCCUGAAUAUUGGGAAGGCUGCGGUCGGCACGUCGAGUGGGCACCAGACAAAAAUGGCCACCCCUCCAAAUCCUGGCUUGGACACCUGUGGUCAUUCAUCUGCAGUGAGACAGUGCAGAAGGAAUCAUCCCUUGAAUGCAUCAGUCAGUGGCCAAUAUUCCCAACCACUGCCAGUAAACUAGUGCCACCUUCACUGUCCAAAACCAUACUGUAUCUGGAAAACCUGGAAAUUGGGUUUGGCAUGAAAACAGCCAAGGCACUGCGUAAACUUUGUCUUCCUGUCAUUUCACACAGCCUUAUGUGUGAGCCGAGGCUAACUCAUUACGGUGGUGCACCGAUGCAAGUACCACAUACUCCAGUGGGACUAGUAGAACUACUUAAAAAGCACUUAGCCCUACCCAACUCGCAGCAAGAUGUCGCUGGCGUCAUAAAAUACGUGCUAGAAACAGUUGGACGAGUCGGUGAGCUAUUGUUUGAGGAAUGUGAUACGCUACUUCAUUAUUUUCAGGAGGAUGAAGCACUGUCUGAAGAUAGCAUCAAGACAAUCAAAAAGCUGUCAAUUUUCAAACGUGUUGAAGGAAAACAGACCACUGAUCUUCACCAUUUUGAAUUCUAUCAUACAGCAGAAAGCAACUUGCUGCUAAAGGUUGAAGCCGAGACGUGGAUGCAACACAUGCAUUGUGUUAUUCUAGAGCCAAAUCGGAGCUUGAAUCUGAUCCACGAUAAGCUUGGAAUUACUCCAAUCACACAAGCUGACAUGUAUCUGAAAUACAUACUUCCCAGCUUCACCGUGCUUAGUGGUAAGGCUAAAUUAGACCAUGUUAAGUUCAUCAGAGACAAAGUACUGCUCAAUGCUUCAGAACAGGAUGGGAAAGUAAUUCUUGAGCAUCUCUCUCACACUCCAUUCAUUCCGGAUAAAAAAGGCAUUCUUCGACAAGCAGGGUUUUUUUACGACAGUGACAACCUUGUCUUCAAAGCCAUGAUUGACCCGAUCAAGUUACUGCCCGAAUCCAUGGGAACUCUAAAGUACUUCCUUGAAAAGAUCGGUUUCCAUUCAGGUGUCACCAAAGAUGAGUUCCUAAGGUUCGCGAGGGAUAUAGAAACUAGGGCAGAGAAAGUAAAAGAUAAGAAAAAACGAGAGAAACUAUGUAGCAUUUCAAGUGUUCUGACAAAUGAGCUGAAACUGAACGAAGAGCUCCGUGAUCCAGAUUUUCUAAAAACAGUUGCUACCAUUAAAUUUAUACCCUCGGUUCCAGUCAGCAAAGAACUGCUUCACAUCCACCCUGCUUGCUCUGGCAACUAUCAAGGAUGUUCAUUCAUCGCUUACAAAGGAUCAGUGUCUCAGAGAUAUCUGAAACUUGUGUGGUCAGUUUGCAUGGUACUGCCAAAUCGAGCUAUUCCAAUGGACGUCACCAUAGAGAAGGGCGUUACUGUUCAUGGUUGCCUUGGCAUUGAAACAGAAUCAGUUGCUGACAAGGUUAUUACACACACCCAAAACAUCUGUGGGCUGCUGGAGCAGAAAAAUGCUGUCCACAAAGAUGAUACGCUGACUGAGGAAGAGAGAGAGAAAUUUAAAGACAUCGUUGAUGAGAUUUUGCGCUACUUGACAGGAUUAGACGUAACUAAGUACGGUGCACAGAUUGAGCGCCGUCUGCAGAAUACACCCAUAUGCCUUGUGGAAGAUAGACGUAUAUUGGUCAGGGCAGAUCAGUUGGUGUUUCAUAUGGAAAAACGCCUUCAAACUUGUUUGCGACCCUACCUUUUUGAAGCUCCCAGAGAUUUGGCACAAUUUGAUGUGCUUCUAAGAUUACUUGGUGCACAGCGUUCCUGUUCUUUUGACCAGCUGGCAGUUGUACUGUCAUCAUUGCACGCGGAAUGUGGUGAAGAUCGUCUCAGUCCCAACGAAUGGGAAACAGCAGUUGGCGCUUUUCGAGCAAUGUUGCUGUUUUUGGACCGUGCAAAUGGCCAAUGCGAGACUUCCAUCACAGAGCUUUAUGUGCCUAGCUCAAAGGGAUUCUUGAGGAAGGCAACAGAUUUGUAUUAUGCUAAUCUCACUCAAAUGGGGAAAUUCAAGCUUUCAUCCACAGACCGAGAAUUUAUUGUGCCUAUUAAACAGUGCAGAAUAUUAGAUAAAGAUGAAGUUUCUCUCAUUGAACUUAUUCCGAGGCACCUCCGACCUAAGAAUCUUGGAGAUGAAAUGAAUGCAAAGCCUCUGGACACGAAUGAAGACUGCCCCGCUAGACAGCAUUGCGAGUACCUGGAAAGCAUCAAACGUAAGGUGAAUUCUGAGGAGAUGACUCGAGUCUUGCUCAGGCUAAAACAGCACCAACAGGAAGACAAGCAACCUAGUAAAGAAAUUAUAGAACGCAUUGUACAACUGCAGCAAUUCAACAAACUUGUCUGCAAGACUGAAUUAAAACUCGGCUUGUACGACAAGAAAGGUAGGAAAAUUGCCGAACGGAAGUACACUUUGAAGGCAUACUUUGACGCACAAACAGGUAUAGUUCACCUUGAACAUGGUUCACUACCCAUAUCUAAGGAGAGAAGUUUGACUUUUGGACAGAUUGCAAGCAGUUGCAAUGCUCUCCUUGGAGGUAUAUUGAAUUCCCAUCAUGAAAGCCUGUGUGCGAGGAGUUUGGAUUGUCACAGUCUUGAUGAAAUGAAUACAAUCCUCUCCAAAUCAGACAUCCCAGAGUAUGACAUUAGGGGGCUUACUACAAAGGCUAUUCAGCCGGACGAGUACAGACUCGGGUCUCUGAUACCCGCAGAUAUUCAUCACCUCCUUGAUCAAGAUCCAUACAACCGUUUCAACGAAAACGAGAUAGUUGCUUAUGAAAGAAGCAUCGAAGAAAGAGACCAGUCGCGUACCUCUGAGAGUGAUAGUUUGGCACUAGGCUCUGGCGAAUGGAUGCCGUCUGAUUCAACACCAGUCAAUGCUGCUACUGAGAAAAUUUAUGCUAAGAUCCUAGAGCAGAUUGACAAGGAUGCACAAGUUCGCUUACGAAGACGCUACAGAAUUGACAUUGGAGAAAAGGACCCCAUCGUUGUGAAAGUAACUGCGCUUUAUAAAUUUCUGCGACCCAAAAAGCAGCCAGUCACGUCAGUCAUUCAUUUUACUGGGGAGUCUACGGAUGAGGCUCCAGCGGCAAAUUUUGAAUCUGCUCUCCCAGAACACAUGCAGGAAGAUGAAGAGCAGAUUAAGAGGGAGGUUGAGGAAGUAUUUUCAUUGCCACCAGAGGAGCGCAGGAGGGUUUUGAAGCGUCUCUAUCGCAAGUGGCACCCCGACAAGAAUCCAGGACAGCAGGAACGUGCUAAUAAGGCAUUCCAGUUCCUGAAGCAGGCAAUAGAAAUGCGUGAAAAGGGGAAUCAGUCCGGCCGGAGCUGUUCUGAUCAGUAUUCCUCCUGGGAGUCAGAAGUUGAAAGGGACAGGGAGGAGGCUACGAGAUAUCAAGAGAGAUAUCACCAAAGUCGGCAUAGCGCCAGAUCGAGCGCAUCAGACAGUUAUUUUGUGCCACCAUCCUUCACGAGAGAAACUCCAGAUCCACGAAAAGCACGAUUGUGGUUUCGGCAGGCCCAGGAACACUUUCAGUCAGCAGAACUGACGAGCAAGCAAAGACCGGUCCAGAGUCAGUGGGUUGCCUUCCAGGUACAUCAGGCUGCAGAGACGGCUCUCAAAGCUGCUCAGUACAGUCUGGAUGGACGCCCAGAUACCAGUGUCAAUGAUUUGGUGUGUCUGGCAAGAGCUGUUUGCCGACAUAAGGAUGUAACCUCUGACCAACUGUUAGACAUAACACUAGAGCUCGUUAGUCUGGACUGCCACUUCAGCAAACCACGCUACCCGCAGAAUGGUAACUCUCAGACAAGCGGACAGGAAUACCGUCAUUUCAGCACCUACAACGUUUUAAAGAAGUGUGAAGAACUGCUGAAUCUUGUCCAAGACAUAAUUGGUAUUCGUGUGUUUUAAGCAGCAUGGUUGGAGCAAGAAGCUUCUUCGCGCUGUAAUGGAUCUUACCUGUAUAUUGCUCUUGAAAUUUGAUGUUAUGCUUCAUUUGCCUUCCUGUGUGUGCACCUUAUUCCAUUAACCAACAUGAUCUGAAAUUAAGGGUCAAGAUCUUAUAUAUUAUCGCCCCCGUUUCGGUUCUGUGUCAUGAUCAUUAUCCACACACGUACUAAAGCACGUUUUUGCUGAUACAAAGUUCGCCGAAUUACUAUUUUGUGUAAUUACAACACUUCGAAAUAUAAUGAACGAAGUAGGAGUCAAUCAUUAGAGUUAAUCAUUGAAAUUAAUCAUUAGCUGAUAAGUUAAUCACUGUGUCUAUAUUUUUGACAUUUGAUUUUUUUUCUCUCUUCUGUUUUGGAGAAGUUUUAGGACGGCUGUUGUAACUUAUUGUCUUUUUGCAAUUUGUGAACAGACAUUCAAAUCAGUUGGCGCUAUUUUGGAAGUCUUUCUUUUUUUAAUUUUGUCUUGGAUUCGUGACUUGUUGCAGUUUUUCGUGUAAGAGUUUUGAGUGUGAUGUUGUUUUAGUGAACUUGAUGAGAAGACUGCAUUUAAAAUACUUCGAUUCUUUAAUUUUAUUACACUUAAAAAAGAAACUACAUGUACAUCACAAAAGCAGAAAAGUUGAAUUCACGGUUGUCGUCAAAAUAUUCGAUCCAAAUUUCUGCCUGCUCGAAAGCAUAAAAACAGAUGGCCGUUUUUCGGCCGCCAGCGAGUGAAGAAAAGGUAAAGUCUUAAAAAAAAAUAGAAAAAUGCAUAACCAAACAAUGUUCAUUCGCUUUUUGAGUUGGAAAAAAAGUAGAAAAG